AUGUUCGAGGAAAAGCUCAUCGUUGGCGUGGCUUCGGGCUGCUCUACCUUGGCCAUUGUGGCCUGCCUGAUUGUGGUUCCGUCGCUUUACUACACCAUCAACGAGAUCCACGAUGAGGUCCUCGAGGGCGUGUCCGUGUUCCGCGUUGAGACUGAUUCCGCCUGGAGCCAGAUGAUGGACUUCCAAGUCACCGUUGCUCCUCCAAGCAAGCCACGACUCCCAACCACCACAUACGCACCCAUCAACUGCCCUGCUCCGCCCACUGGUUGCAUCACUUGCCCACCUGGACCGGCAGGACCGCCCGGACCAGAUGGAAACCCUGGAGGCCCAGGACCCAAUGGAAACCCAGGUCAAGCUGGACAGCCUGGUCAGAAUGGACAACCAGGACCCCCUGGACCUCCAGGAGAUGCUGGAGCACCAGGAAACCCUGGAAGCAGUGGACAACCUGGACAGCCCGGACAAAGCGGCACCACUUCCACCAAUACACCCGGUGGACCUGGACCAGCUGGACCACCAGGAGCUCCCGGAAAUGCAGGAGCGAACGGACAGCCAGGAAAUAACGGAAAAGAUGGACCACCUGGACCACCAGGACAGCCAGGAGCACCAGGACAGCCAGGAAACGAUGGUCGUCCAGGAAACCCAGGAGGCACAGCACCACCAGGAAGAUGA